AUGGAGUUUCACCCGUUUUAUGUGAAGCGUUUCCCGGCUAAAGAGGUUUCCAAGGAGGAGUUUUUGCCGAAAUUUGAUGAUAUGAAAGUUGAGGACAUCUCUUAUUUAACUAAAGGGGAAGCUGCUGGAGCUAACUAUUGUUGCCGUUGCAACGUCACUUUGGCGUCGCCGUGGGAAAUACGACAACACCUUCGAACGAAGUCCCAUCGCGAGAGCUCAGCUGAUGAGGAAAGCGAACAUGUGUUCCUCCUAAACUGUGAGCCGACGUAG